AUGGCGCUGAUGUUACCUCUACAAGUGGUUGAUAGCUUCUGUCGUCGCUGUUGUUCGAGUAAUGCGUGUACUUCAAAUUAUGAUGAAAAAAAAUUAGCUGAACUCCUAGUGAAUAAGGCGUCCUUGUUUGAUGUAAUAAAAUGGCAGAGAGUCUCAAAAAAGUUUAGAAAGGCCGCUCAAAAACGCUUGAAUUCAUACACUCGAAUCGACGUUCAGGUAUACUCGAGGCUCAAGAAACUUCGAGAGGAAAUGCAUAAUCAAAGUAAGGAUUUAUGUUUUAUUAUAUUACUUCAUUCUUUCGUCAGAUUCAUUUUGAAGGUAUCUUCAAAUAUAUUUAUGCAGCAUAUAAGCACUUUGUUAGUCUUUCUCGCAUUUGCAGACCGUUUGGAUUGGCAUCCAACUUUAACUCUUGUUGCCGUCGAACUUGGACCUAAUCAUUUAGGGAUCGCAGUUGAUUCGUUACUGAAAUGGAAGGAUGUUAGAGCAUUGUUUCACUUAUUGAUCACACUUAGUCGAAACGUAGAACAUUUAUGUAUUGAUAGUCCAAUAAUAGAAAUGCUUGUGGCCGAGGUUAAUAAAAGGCAGGUGAAGUUGCUAGUUUCUUUGUUAUGUCAGUCCAGAACCACAGUCAAAGAGCAGAGCUGUUUCAAUGAGUUUACUAUUGCACCAAUUGACAAUGUCCAUCUCCCGGAAGGUCCUUUUUUUCCGAACUUGAAGCAACUAACCAUAUCGUCACAGACCAAUCAGCUGGAACAUUUAUCUCGCCUCUUAAGUUAUUCAGUAUCCGUGAAUUUAAUCUACCACGUAGAGGAAAUGGAUCUUUUGUGCUUGAAGAUUUCUAUAGGGAGUGGCUGGUCGCAGUCUAAACAUUUUAGACUUUUUAGACAUUUGACGAGGUUUCGGCAAUGGACAGAAGCAAGCUUAUUGGGCGAACGUUACUUUCAGCAGUUUGGUAAUUCUUUCACGAAAAGGCGUGGGAAGGCGUCGCCUCUCAAUGCUUACACCUAA